AUCCGGAUGUUUCGGCAUAUAACCGGAUCGUUCGUUCUUGAACUUCACAGCACAUCCAUCGCGCGGCCAUGAACUUGCGCCAACGCAGCGUCCUUCAACUGUACCAGAACCUGGUCAAGGACAAGGCGCUACGACCAGACACUGCUCAGCAAGUGAUUGCUGUCCAGCUGGACAAGCUCCAGCGGCGCCUUGAGAACUACGACCUGCCAACCAAUGUCAAGGAACCGACAAAGGUUCCUCGUGGGCUAUACAUCCAUGGUCAAGUGGGCACUGGCAAGUCAAUGCUAAUGGAUAUGUUCUACUCGAACUUGGACAACAAGAAGCGGCGCGUGCACUUCCACGCGUUUCUGUUAGACGUGCACCGUCGCAUUCACAAGCGCAAGCAGGAACACCUUGAAACAUAUGGCCGUUCCAUGCACAUCGAACUGCAGCCGGAGCGAGACAUCAUCGGCACGAUUGCCAAAGAGAUCGCCACUGAAAGCCCCGUUCUGUGCUUCGACGAAUUCCAAGUCAUUGACAUUGCCGAUGCCAUGAUCAUGCGCAAGUUCUUUAGCGUGCUCUUCCAACAAGGAACUGUCAUGGUGGCCACCUCCAACACCCAUCCCCAGAAUUUGUACCCCGAUGGUGUCAACCGUGAAUACUUUGUGCCAUUCUUGGAGCUCUUGCAGCAACACACGAAGGUUCUGUCAGUGGACUCGACCACGGACCACCGCCGCCACGACGCGCCGAUGGACGACGCGUACUUUUACCCCAUAACACCUCAAGUGCAAACACAAGUGCUAGCUAUCGUCGACGAAUUGCUUCAAGGCGGACCUCCCCUGGUACUCGAGACGAUUCCAGUCAUGAUGGGGCGAAGCUUGCAAGUGAUGGGGCAAGGCGACGUGUGCGUCGUCGAGUUUGCAGCGCUAUGUAACACGGACAAGGGCGCUGCCGACUACAAAGCACUGAGCGAACGCUUUCGGGUCGUCGUUCUAACUAACAUUCCCCAGCUGACAUUGGCCAUGCACAACCAAGUCAGUUUGCUGCUAGUGCAUGUAUUGCGAUGGAAAUUGUUAUAAGCGCUGUGUGGAUUUGUUGGUAGGCGCGCCGCUUCAUCACGCUUUUGGACGAGUUGUACGAGCACAAAGUCCGGCUCAUAUCCACAGCUGCGGUAGCGCCCGAUGCGCUGUUUCAGUUUGACGCACACGUCAAAGUGCCCGUGCCACUGUCGCUAGCGUCAAAGCAAGCCGCGCUCCACGACUUGCAAGCCAAUCAUAUCAAGCCAUUUACGUCGUGGGACGGUCCCGUGGCCCACGAUCCUGCCACGGCAUCGGAUGGCGAAGAAGUGAAAAACAUGAGCUCCAUGACCGACCUCAUGUACGCGUGCAAGCGCGCCGUGUCGCGGCUGCACGAAAUGCAAACGUUCAAGUACCAAACCCUCGCUGCUUCGUCCAACGUUCAAAACACCAAAGUCCAUAAGUAGGACCUUAAACUCAACGAAGUGUACAGUAGUGGGACGAGUUAACGCUAUGGGCAAAACGUCACGACAAACACUUCGUCGUCGGGGCAAUCCUUCAUCUUGAGAUCGUCAAACGGAUACAAGUACGCGUCGGGGCAUUCGGCGCGGGUACACGUGACCUUGUGGCAGUUGCCUUUUUGGGCGUUGCCGUCGUACUUUGUCGGAAGGACCGACACAGGGAUGUUGUAGCCCUUGGCGCCGCCCGAAUUCCGGACGCAGUCGGCAUAACUCAUGCCGUUGCCACACCCAGGUGGAAUCGCGCUGAUGUCGUACCACAGCUUCCGGUCGGCUAGCGUCAGCUCCACGAGCGUCGCGUCCGCCGCGUUGGUGUGUCGAUACAUCGUGUGUUCGCGGUCCACAAGGGUGUCGCCGCAUUGACCGUUGGUCUGGAGGGUGCAGAGCAAUCGGUCCACUUUGUAGAGAUACACGGGGAACGUGCACCGAUUGACAAAGUUGAGCAUGUGUCCCAACGCGAGGGGGGGGGGCGUUGUCGUCGUUGUAGUGGUCGGGGGUCGAGAUGUAGUCGUGGGGGCUGCAGUCGUCGUCGUCGUCGUCGUGGGGGAACGAGUGGUAGUGGAGAGUCCUGGGGUGGAAGCAGACGUUCCCCCUGAAGAAGUCGAGUGGUCGCCACUAGAUUCGGUCGAGUUGUGGGCCGGGGGAGUGGGGUCUGGUGACGGGGGGUCGGUACGACUCCGUUCAGUGGACACAUCCGUGAUCGAAUUUGUCAAGGGCACGUCAUUUCCAGAUGACGUCGACAACUCACCCACGGUGCCCCCCGCGAGCCCAAUCGACAGGCCGAUGGUCACAGCCACUGCCGCGACAGUGAGAAACCCCAUGAGGAAGAGCCGGCGGCGCACAGCCUUGGCUUGGAGCGUCAGCUCUUGAGCUUUGGUUUCUUCGGUCGUGGCCGGAGUGACCAUCAGCACCAUGCCAUCCCAGAUCGAUGUGCGUUUCGGACCAGACUUCAUCCGCACCAGAGACAGGCCGGUUUCAAUCUCCUUGGAUGGCGUCUCCACGGGAGGUUCAUUGUCCAGCGAGAUGGUGGCUUGGUUGGGGGUGUCCAUGGCACCUGACGGCACGGGCGCUGCCGCAUCAUCAUGAGCGAUGGAAAUGGUAGUCAUUUGGAAAAUAUGAUGGACAUGACAAAGGCACUCAUGGGAUCAACAUGGCGGGUCUUGGUCACCGCCCUCCUUCGUCG